AUGGCGGCUACAACUGCUAAUCCCGAAAUGACGUCAGAUGUAUCAUCACUGGGUCCAGCCAUUGCCACUGGAAACCCUGGGCCUGGGAUUCAAGGUGGAGGAGCCAUUGUACAGAGGCCUAUUAAGCGGCGACCAGGGUUGGAUUUUGAUGAUGAUGGAGAAGGCAACAGUAAAUUUUUGAGGUGUGAUGACGAUCAGAUGUCUAAUGAUAAGGAACGAUUUGCCAGGUCGGAUGAUGAGCAGAGCUCUGCGGAUAAAGAGAGACUCGCCAGGGAAAAUCAUAGUGAAAUUGAACGACGGCGACGGAACAAGAUGACAGCCUACAUCACAGAACUGUCAGACAUGGUACCCACCUGUAGUGCCCUGGCUCGAAAACCAGACAAGCUAACCAUCUUACGCAUGGCGGUUUCUCACAUGAAGUCCUUACGAGGAACUGGCAACACAUCCACUGAUGGCACCUACAAGCCGUCUUUCCUCACUGAUCAGGAACUGAAACAUUUGAUCUUGGAGGCAGCAGAUGGCUUUCUGUUUAUUGUGUCAUGUGAGACAGGCCGGGUGGUAUAUGUGUCUGACUCAGUGACUCCUGUUUUGAACCAGCCACAGUCUGAGUGGUUUGGUAGCACACUCUAUGAUCAGGUGCACCCAGAUGAUGUGGAUAAACUUCGUGAGCAGCUUUCCACUUCAGAAAAUGCCCUGACAGGGCGUAUCCUUGACCUGAAGACUGGAACGGUGAAAAAGGAAGGUCAACAGUCUUCUAUGAGGAUGUGCAUGGGCUCAAGGAGAUCAUUCAUUUGCCGUAUGAGGUGUGGCAGUAGCUCUGUGGACCCAGUUUCCAUGAAUAGACUGAGCUUUGUGAGGAACAGAUGCAGGAAUGGACUUGGCUCUGUAAAGGAUGGGGAACCUCACUUCGUGGUGGUCCACUGCACAGGCUACAUCAAGGCCUGGCCCCCAGCAGGUGUCUCCCUCCCAGAUGAUGACCCAGAGGCUGGCCAGGGAAGCAAGUUUUGCCUAGUGGCCAUUGGCAGACUGCAGGUAACUAGUUCUCCCAACUGUACAGACAUGAGUAAUGUUUGUCAGCCAACAGAGUUUAUCUCUCGACACAACAUUGAGGGAAUCUUCACUUUUGUGGAUCACCGUUGUGUGGCUACUGUUGGCUACCAACCACAGGAACUUUUAGGAAAGAAUAUUGUAGAAUUCUGUCAUCCUGAAGACCAGCAGCUUCUAAGAGAUAGCUUCCAACAGGUGGUGAAAUUAAAAGGCCAGGUGCUGUCUGUCAUGUUCCGGUUCCGGUCUAAGAACCGAGAGUGGCUCUGGAUGAGAACCAGCUCCUUUACUUUCCAGAACCCUUACUCAGAUGAAAUUGAGUACAUCAUCUGUACCAACACCAAUGUGAAGAAUUCCAGCCAGGAACCACGGCCUACACUGUCCAACACAAUUCAGAGGCCACAGCUAGGUCCCACAGUUAAUUUAUCCCUGGAGAUGGGCUCCGGGCAGCUGGCACCCAGGCAGCAGCAACAACAAACAGAACUGGACGUAGUACCAGGAAGAGAUGGACUGGCCAGCUACAAUCAUUCCCAGGUUUCUGUUCAGCCUGUGACAGCCACAGGGCCAGAACACAGCAAGCCCCUUGAGAAGUCAGAUGGUCUGUUUGCCCAGGAUAGAGAUCCAAGAUUUUCAGAAAUCUAUUCCAACAUCAAUGCAGAUCAGAGUAAAGGCAUCUCUUCCAGCACUGGCCCUGCCACCCAGCUAUUCUCCCAGGGCAACACAUUCCCUCCUACCCCCCGGCCGGCAGAGAAUUUCAGAAAUAGUGGUCUGGCACCUCCUGUAACCAUCGUUCAGCCAUCAGCUUCUGCAGGACAAAUGUUGGCCCAGAUUUCCCGCCACUCCAACCCCACCCAGGGAGCAGCCCCAACGUGGACCCCUAGUACCCGCCCAGGCUUCUCUGCCCAGCAAGUGGCCACCCAGGCUACAGGCAAGACUCGUUCUUCGCAAUUUGGUGUGGGCAACUUUCAGACUCCAUCUUCCUUUAGUCCCAUGUCCGUCCCUGGUGCUUCCACUGCAUCAUCUGGUGCUGCUCCUUACCCUACUCUCACCAGUCGUGGAUCCAACUUUGCUCCUGAGACUGGACAGACUGCAGGACAAUUCCAGACACGGACAGCAGAGGGUGUGGGAGUCUGGCCACAGUGGCAGGGCCAGCAGCCUCAUCAUCGUUCAAGUUCUAAUGAGCAACAUGUUCAACAGCCAUCAGCACCGCAACCUGGCCAGCCUGAAGUCUUCCAGGAUAUGCUGUCCAUGUUGGGAGACCAGGGCAACAGCUACAACAAUGAAGAAUUUCCUGAUCUAACUAUGUUUCCCUCCUUUUCAGAAUAG